UGGAAGAAUGACGGAAAGAAAACGUAAAUUUGUCAUCCCUUCCCAGCCAAUCACAAAACGCCCAACAACAUUAAUUGACCUCAUCCCAUAAUGACAAAACUACUCCUGCCUUGCUUUCUUUUCUGGCUGUUUUAUGUUUUAUCGGUCCAUUCCUUCCCACUGCUGAAACCUCAGUCUAACCGUCUAAUUCUACUCUACAACGCUUUUAACAACGUUUGACUCACAUAUGACUCGUCAACCCAACCCAUGACCUUUCACCGCCACCACCACUACCCCCCGCCGCCGCCGCCGCCCAACAGCAACAACAACCAAAUUACUCCGCCUUCUCAAUCACAAAAUCACCAGCCCCACCAAUUUAUUCAUCUCCCCAUGGCGAGUAAAAUCGUAAAACCACCGCCACCACCACCGCUACCAGCACCAGUAAAAACCCUUGAUGAUGAAAAGGAGCAGAGUAUCCAGGAGUUAUUGUCCUACAUAAUAUUCUUAAAGGAGCGGAUUAACCGGGCUGUCAUGGAAGCCAAUUCUUUCAAAUCCGAGUGUUAUUCCCUAUACAGUUUGGUCGUGGAUAUUCUUGGAAAGCUCCCCAACGACAAGCUCCGCAACGAUGCCUCAACUGGUCCAGGUAAACUUUACGAACGGCCCAUCAGAAGAGUCAUGGAGGAGGUCGCAAAGCAAUUCGAGAAAACGCUAGCCCUCGUGCGGAAAUGCAACCGCGGGGGUGUCUUCCGGCGGCUCGUCAGCAUUGUCUCGGCCACUGAUUUCAAGAAACUCCAAUCUAUGCUUGAGAGUUCCAUGGCUGACAUUACAUGGCUGCUUAACAUCUUUGACGGCGGAGGGGGUAUUAUUCUUUCUCUCCCUCCAAUUGCUAGUAAUGAUCCCAUAAUUUCCUGGGUUUGGGCUGCAAUUGCUUCUUUGUAUAUGGGACAAAUUAAUGAUAAAAUUGAAGCCGCCAAUCAACUAGCUUCACUAGCUAAAGAUAACGAUAGGAACAAGAAAUAUAUAGUUGAAGAAGGUGGGAUUGCUCCGUUGCUGAAAUUGUUGAAGGAGAAUUCUUCUGUUGAAGCUCAAAUCGCUGCGGCCAUGGCCCUUAUACAUUUGGCUAACGACGACGACAGGGUUUGCGUGAUUAUCAAGGAGCUUGGCGUCCCAGUUAUAGUCCAGGUUUUAGGGGAUUCGCCUAUGAGGGUUCAAAUUAAGUUGGCUAAUUUAGUUGCUAGAAUGGCAGGAUGUUCACCGCUCGCCCAGGAGGAUUUUGCCAGGGAGAAUGUGAUUAAGCCACUCGUGACUUUAUUGUUGAUGGAUGGUUAUAUGGAGGAGGCAAGUUUGAAUGUCGGGAAACAGAGUUUUCACGCAAUUGUGGAGAUUAAUAAGGAAAGAGAGAAGAAUCAGUUGCACAGGCCAGCCUUGGGAUCAUCUUUGUCUAUGCAAUCCUCUAAUGGGAGCAGUAGGGGUGGACAUCAUAAGAAGGACAGGGAGAACGAAACUCCGGAAGUGAAGCUUAGGUUGAAGACUAGUUGUGUUGAGGCAUUGUGGAUGCUUUCUAAGGGUAGUGUGUUGAAUAGUAGGAAAAUAACGGAGACUAAAGGGUUGCUUUGUCUGGCUAAGCUUGUUGAGAAGGAACAAGGUGAAUUGCUGUAUAAUUCCUUGAUGACGAUUAUGGAGAUUACGGCUGCUGCUGAAUCAGAUGCUGAUCUCAGGAGGACAGCUUUUAAGACCAACUCUUUGGCUGCAAAAGCUGUUGUGGAUCAGCUAUUGAGGGUUAUUAAAGAGUGUGAUAAUCCAACUUUGCAAAUAUCAGCGCUAAGGGCAAUUGGUUCCUUGGCCAGAACUUUUCCUUCGAGGGAGACGAGGGUUAUUGGUCUGGUGGUCCAGCAGCUUGGUCAUCGGAACCUAGAUGUAGCAACAGAAGCUGCAAUUGCUCUUGGUAAGUUUACUUGUCGUGAAAAUUUCCUUCGUGCAGAGCAUACAGCAACGAUUCUUGAGUUCAAUGGCACCCAGCCCUUAACGAGGCUGGUGCAGGGCAACGAACGGUCCCUGUUGCAUGGUUAUAUUCUCCUUUGCUACAUCGGAUUGCAUGCUAGGAACAGUGAGGAUUUGGAAAAAGGAAACGUGUUGCAAACACUUGCACUAGCAGAGCGUCAAGCAGCAGUUGGCCAGCAUCCUGAGUUGAAAGAAUUGAUCGCUGAAACUGUGACACACUUAAAUUUGUACCUCCAGUGCUGUGUGAUUCAAAGGCCUUAAAAUUCUUUCUUCUGCAACUAAAAGAUAUUGAGUAGCAUUGUAUAGCCGUGGAUGAGUGGUGGUUUUAAUAGUUCAGCCAUAUUAAAUUUGCAUUAGUUUUUGUUCC